AUUGAUGCAACACAAGAAAUUGAAAAUGUCGCGAAUUAGAAAAGAUAGUAGGCGCAAGAUUCGUAGUACUUCGAGACCAUUGGCAGCGUUCGAGAUUUGUGAGGUAGAAAGGAAAGUUCGUGAGGUGAACCCACAUGAUCUAGAGUUACAUGUAACGACAUCCGUGAGCGGGGAACUGCACAUGCAGUAUGGUGAGCGUUUAGCCUUGUGGGGUUGGCUUACAAAGACCGACGGGCAGGAUUCUCGCCUCUCCAGCAUACUCGCACAGGUCAUCGUCGUUUAUGCCACCCUUCUCAAGCUGUGCUUUCAGCGUUGUGCUCCUGGAGAUAGGUAUUCGGCAUUUCAUUUGAUGUGGCAGGCAAUUUUCAACAGAGUACUCGGGUAUGAGAACAUUACACUGGGCCCUGCCAUAGAUGAAACGAUUGGUUUAGAGCUGAAAAAUGUUUGGUGGAUGAACAUUGGUGAAUAUUUUAAUCACCCAAUGACAGAAUCGCACCACGAUGACAUGAUGGCUGUGGUUCACUCUGUGGCCUCCGCCUCGUUGCAACACCUCAGCAUUGUUGUCAAGGCUGUUGCAACAUCCAUGGAAGCAGAGGACAUGGAGGUUCGAGAGCAACACGAGGAGACAGAGUACGGGCUGUUUGCUGUAGCUGGUGGUUGCAUCCAGCGUAUAAAACAACAGCUAUGGAAGAGGCCGUUAAGGCAGCGUCGUGCAACCAGACCACUAUUGGAUAUUUUGUUUGCUUGUGUGAAGACGAAGGAGCAAAAACAAGGAGCUUCCAUACCACAUGGAUUGGCACUUCGUGACAGAGGAGGUCUCCUAAUACCCCAGCGAGUCAUGCUACCAUGGCUAAGAAAGGUCGACAGGACUGUUCGUACGAACGCAUCUGAGAGAGGACUGACUGCUCAUGGGCGAAACCUCAUCAAGGCCACGGUACAGCAGGUAUUCAUCUCAAAAGAAAUCGAAGAUCUCUUCCUUGCUGGUGCCAUAUAUGCCUGCCAAAUGAAGGGUGUGAAACCUAAGACAUCACUGUUAAAAGAACUUCAUGGCAUGUGGCUGCGAAAGAUUGUUCAUGCACGUGUUAAUGAGUUCAUCGUUGGACAUCAGCUUCGAGAAGCAGAUAAACAAGGUCUGCUUCUUACCAGCGGAGGGUUCACUCUACGCGAUGAACUUUACAGUGUUGCGUCAAAAGUCACAGUCUAAAAGAUAUGGAAUGCUAUCAAGAGUAGAUAAUAGUGUUAUUAUCUACUCUUGAAUGCUACGUAUACCCGAAUGAAGGAAGAUUGCCAACAGUAAUUGUAUAAAUAAACUAUGCACAAGACAGACAGAAAGAGAGAUCUUGUAAAUUGCAUGCUAUUUCAAGUUUUGUGCACAAAUUUAAAUGGUUUAUUUUGGGAUGUUAAUGUGUAUUUUUAAAUUUAACAUUAAUAAUAAUUACAUUGACUACGUCACGAAUUUUCUAUGGGGAUAGUUGUAAAAAAAAAUUUUGUCAUUUUUUUACAUUAAAAGUAAGUACUAACAGGAGUAAAUGUAUCAACAAAUUAAACUGCACUGCACGGUAACGAUUUUAAACCACGCCCCUUAGGCCUAGUGACAACACCCUACUUACCCAUG